UCACGCACACACACACACACACACACACACACACACCCUCUUAUCGGACAUAUAGUGAGGAUGUGGUCCAGUCCUUUGAACAACAACAGAGAGACAGAGUCCUGUGUCUCCAGAACAGAGCUGUUCUCCACAUCAGUCUCUGCUUCAGACACAGAAGCUUCACAGUAACAAAUAAACCAAUGGACUUAUUCAACUCAGGUCUUGGUAAAAACAUCACCUUUGCUCGACCUGCAUAUUUUAUCAUCAGUGGAUUUAUUGGAAUACCUAAUGUCAUAUAUUACUAUGUCUUUCUGUGUAUUGUGUAUAUUGUGUCAGUGUUGGGAAAUACAGUUGUGAUGACUGUGAUCUACUUGGAUCGUAGUCUAAGAACUCCUAAAUAUAUUGCAGUUUUUAACCUGGCCUUUGUAGACCUGUUUGGCAGCACUGUUCUGGUACCAAAGGUUCUGGACCUGUUUCUGUUUAACCAUCGUCUCAUCUCCUACAACGACUGUCUGACGUUUCUCUUCUUCUGUUACUUAUAUCUGUCGUUGGAGGUCUUUAAUCUGAUGACUCUGUCCUACGACAGAUUGAUUGCUAUCACUUUUCCACUGCACUAUCCAGUGAUGGUGACUAACAGGUUCAUGUUUUCACUGAUCACUUCUUUUUGGCUCUUUGUCAUCACUGUUAAUCUAACAGCAGUCGGCCUCUUAACCAGACUGUCCUUCUGUAACUCUAACACUGUACUUGUCAACAGUUACUUCUGUGACCAUGGAGUGAUUUAUCGUGAGGCCUGUAACGACCAAACACCUUCAUAUAUCUAUGGGUUUUUGGUAUCAACAUUAUUCCUCUGGUUUCCUCUGUGUUUCAUCCUAGUUUCUUACCUGUGUAUUGGCUAUGCUUUGAGUAAAGUAGCUUCAGCUAAAGAAAGAGCGAAGGCCUUGAAGACGUGCACAGCUCAUCUGUCUUUGGUGGCCAUCUACUUUGUUCCAAUAAUGAUUACUUUCACCUUAGGAAGAUAUAUUCAUCCAAACUCCAGGAUCAUUAACAUGUCUCUGGCCUCGGCUGUUUCUCCCAUGUUGAACCCAAUUAUUUAUGUUCUUCAGACUCAAGAAAUAAAAAAGUCAGUAAAGACAUUGCUGAUGAUCAAGACAAGGCAAUUCAAAGGUGGCAUCAGAAGAGUAUUGAGCAAAUAACCAUUGCUUUUAGAGUAUUGCAAUAAAUUUAAGGAGAAGCACUUUCAUCAAAUUCCGUGUUUGUGUCAAUGAAUCAUUCAUAGGAAUAUAUCUAAAAUAUCUACUGAGUUCAACAUUAAAAAACCCCGUGACACAAAUGAUUAAUACUGGUUUUGAUUAAAUGCAUUUUUUGUAUUUUUUUAGACAACUAGAUCUGGUUAAAGUAGAAUAUUUUCUUAUUCACUGUUCAUGGUUAUAGACGCCUGGUUAUGGCAUUGACAACUGUUGUGUUUUCACUACACUUCUUAGUCACUUUGAUCUGAAUGAAAACUCCUGUUUUGUACUUUUUCGUCGCAGUGAAAUUUUCUGUGUGUCUCACUGCGCUGUUUUCAAUCCUUACAAAUUAA